AUGGCGCAACCGUCAACCCCCGGCCCAGCCUCGUCGUCCGUCAGCCUGUUUGGUCAAACCCCGGCAGCCCAUGCGGGUGGGACGCCGCAGCCCGGCAUGACCAGCCAGACGUCGUCGGAAACCCUGAGUAACGCUCAGACGCCAGCCUCGGCUUCCGCCUCCAGCAACACCUACAUCAUGCCAAACUCUCCCCUCAAGGCCCGCCCGUUGGCCGAUGGCUAUCGACCGAAAGUGACACGCACGCUGGGACAGCGGCCUGCGUGCCUCGUCAAUGCCUCAGUGACCUACUGCGGCAACAACCAGAUUUACGCUUUCGGUGGCUUCGACCAGUACACGGACGAAGUAUACAACCAUGUCCUACGCUUGGACCUGACGAGUCACCAAUGGAGCUUGGUCGAUAACUAUGGCGAUAUCCCAGGAGUGCGCAUGGGCCACACGGCGACCCUGUACAAAGGCGACAAACUACUGGUCUUUGGCGGCGAGAACGAGCAUCGAACAUACCUAUCCGACCUCAUCAUAUUCGACCUGAAAACUGCACAUUGGACACAGCCUCUGGUAUCUGGCCCGAUCCCCAAGGGCAGAGCAAGACACGCCGCUGUGCUCCACGAAGACAAGCUGUUCAUCAUUGGUGGCAUCACGGGUCAGAACAAUUAUGUGUUGGAUGACAUUUGCUACCUCGAUCUCAAGACGUUUACGUGGUCCAAGGCAUGGCGCUUUGUCGGCCGCUUCGAUCACUCUGCCUACAUCUGGGGCGACCGCGUCUGGGUCUUUGGUGGUCUAAGUGAAGAUAUGGACAAGAUUAGCGAUUUGUGGUGGCUUGACCUGAAGGGAAGCCCAGAGUUCGACUCCCGGCCUCAUUUUGGCGUCUUGGAUCGCCAUUCGGCCGCUCACAGAACCAGUAGCUCUCCCAGGCCGCCUUACACCAUGGCACCCAACCCCGUUGUCGGCACAUCUGGCUAUGCUGCCAACUCAAGGACUGCUCAAGUGAACCCUCCGUCGUUCCAAGUCAAGUCCUACGCACCCAUGGCGCCGGGAACCAUAUCUGCCCUCAAGUUCGUUUCUGGCCCGACUGUGCCCUCCCAGGGUUCUGGUAUCCAUUUCCACACCUACUCCUCGGGGACCUUGCUGGACUUUGUGACUCCCGCGGCGACCAUCACGCACAGAGAAUGUUCCUUGUCGGCCUUGGAUCUCAGUACCUUGAGGUGGCAGAAGCUGGCCGAUGGCCGUGAGAUCUACAAGACAGGAUACAGGUGGCACUACUGCACUAUGAAUGAAGACGGAACCAAGGCGUGGCUCCUGGGCUGCCCAGUGGAUCCUGCCGCAACUGAUCUGGGACCGAAUGGUUAUGAGGAGUAUUUGAGUGACAUCAUGGAAGUCGACCUUCGGCGAUAUGGCUUCCUUGGGAACAACCUCGCGCCAGAAUCGCUGGCCCAGUCUAGACCUUCGUUCACCACCAGGCUAUCUGACCAACCCUCGAAAGGCUUGGGCGCGGAUCUCGCCAAACUGUUCAACCAACCGCCCGAGACAGGAAGCGGCACGGACUUCAUCAUCACGGCCCUUGCAGACGACGCUGACAGCGAUGAGACGCUCAGCUCCGGUCUGAUCCGAGCCGACGAUGCAAACAAAGACCAGAGCUGGCUCUCUGCCGAUGCGCCCACCUCGAUGCCCAUCCACGUCCACAAGCUGAUCCUGCAAGCGCGCUGGCCGCACUUUGCCCGCUUGUACAAUGCCCAGAUGGCGGAGUUCCACACCAAGAAGAUGCACAUCCCCGAGCCAUACUCGGUCGUCAAGGCGUUCCUCCUGUACCUCUACACCGACAACAUCCACGGCACGACGGAGGCGGACAGUGACGCCACCACGGACCUCUCCGACGUGGCCGGGCUUUUGGUCAUGUCCAACAUCUACAACAUCCCGCAUCUUCGCCUGCUGUGCGUAAACCGACUGGCCAAGGAGCUAGACGUCGAGCAUGCCUGCGUCAUCUGGUACUGCGCGGGGCUGGCGAGCGAGGAAUGGCUUCGCAAGAGGGCGGCGACGUUUUGUAUGACGCACUGGGGCCGUAUUGUUCGCACUCAAGGCUUCCUCCGCCUCCCCCGCAACGCCCUGGUCGAACUGUCGCAGGAGAUCGACAUGGAAGGCCGAGUGGUAGCGGGCGACGAGCUCGAGUGGGGGAGCGUAUCGGGCCGGUAUAGCGAUGGCACCGGUCAUGGCACUCGUAAAGAGAGCAUCAGCAGCAGCACGCAGAUGCAGAUCGUCGAGUCCGAUGACGAUGACGAGGACGUGGAGAUCUCGUAG